CGGGAAAUCGUCGCGUGUACUGUGACUGCUCUCAAUCUGAAACUUCAGAGAGAGGCGUAAUGUGACCACUGGACGAUUGGAAACUGGGAUUUUUGGGCGAUCAUCAACUUCCGUUGGAUAUCUAGGAUGGACUAAAUCGCAACUAUGGUGGUGAAUUCUGUGCAUUGGUUUCGCAAGGGGCUGCGACUUCACGAUAAUCCGGCUUUGCAGGAAGCUCUCAAUGGCGCGGAUACUGUACGCUGUGUUUAUAUUUUGGACCCGUGGUUCGCAGGUUCGGCCAACGUUGGAGUCAACAGAUGGAGGUUUUUACUGGAAUCCUUAGAAGAUUUGGACACAAGUUUGAGAAAACUGAACUCAAGGCUUUUUGUAGUACGGGGGCAGCCUACAGAUGUCUUCCCCAGACUCUUCAAGGAGUGGAAUGUCACGCGUCUUACGUUUGAGUAUGACCCGGAGCCUUAUGGGAAAGAAAGAGAUGCAGCCAUCAUCAAAAUGGCACACGAGUACGGAGUGGAAACCGUGGUACGAAAUAUUCACACGCUCUACAAUCCCGACAGAAUCAUAGAAAUGAACAACCACAGCCCUCCCCUCACUUUCAAGAGAUUUCAAGCCAUCGUAAACAGACUCGAACUCCCCAGAAAGCCCCUCCCGACCAUCACUCAAGAACAGAUGGCCAGGUGCCGGACGCAGAUCUCCGAAAGUCACGAUGAGCGAUACGGCGUCCCGUCCCUCGAGGAGCUGGGUUUCAAGACUCAAGCUGACAGCCCGCAUGUGUGGAAGGGAGGUGAAACUGAAGCCCUUGAGCGACUUAAUAAACACUUGGACAGAAAGGCUUGGGUAGCAAAUUUCGAGAGGCCUAGAAUAAGCGCUCAGUCACUGUUCGCCAGCCCGACCGGCCUCAGUCCUUACCUACGAUUCGGCUGUCUGUCAUGUCGCAUGUUUUACUAUAAUCUCCGUGAACUUUAUAUGAAGCUACGGAGACCCUCCAGUCCCCCUCUUUCGCUCUUCGGUCAGCUGCUAUGGCGAGAGUUUUUUUACACGGCGGCCACCAACAACCCAAACUUUGACCGAAUGGAGGGAAACCCCAUCUGCGUGCAGAUCCCGUGGGAUCACAACCCUGAGGCGCUGGCGAAGUGGGCCGAGGGUCGGACGGGGUUCCCGUGGAUCGAUGCCAUCAUGACCCAGCUCAGACAGGAGGGCUGGAUUCAUCACCUGGCUCGGCACGCUGUGGCUUGCUUCCUGACUCGUGGAGAUCUGUGGAUCAGCUGGGAGAGUGGGAUGAAGGUAUUCGAGGAGCUGUUGCUGGACGCAGACUGGAGCGUGAACGCGGGCAGCUGGAUGUGGUUGUCCUGCAGUGCGUUCUUUCAGCAGUUCUUUCACUGUUACUGUCCCGUGGGCUUUGGUCGCAGAACGGAUCCCAGCGGUGACUACAUCAGGAGGUACAUCCCAAAGUUGAAAGACUUUCCCAACCGCUACAUUUACGAGCCGUGGAACGCUCCCGAAUCGGUGCAGAAGGCGGCCAACUGCGUUGUGGGUGUGGACUACCCCAAACCCAUGAUCAACCACGCCGAGAGCAGCCGCCUCAACAUUGAACGCAUGAAGCAGGUUUAUCAGCAGCUCUCACACUACAGAGGCCUUAGUUUGCUCGCCUCUGUCCCGACAAUCCAGGAAGAGGCGGAGCCUCCGAUGUCUGAUGACUCUCAGGCCAGCAGCAGCACUGGGGGUCAAGCAUCAACCCCCUCCUCACACCAGCCUGCUCCAGCACCAUCGUCCCCACCUUAUUCCGACACCUCAAGCCCCACAGCGAUGGCCUCCGCCACCCACGCCCAGAGGAAAAGGGUUCGACCCUCUGAGCUCCCGGGCAAACAGAAGUCAAAAGUCAAGCACACCAGCCAAACCAAAAGAGUUGAGCAGACAACAGAGGAAAUCCAGUGACCACAGGUUGGGACUGCUUUGCCAAUGAAAUACCAGAAGGAAUCGGAGGAAUCUCCCUCCCUGUAUCAUCCAGAAACAAGGAAAAAUGGCGCCACCUUCUGCAAUAGAACAGAAACAGCACCAUAAGAAAAUAAUGUAACUAAAGCUGCACUUCUGCUGCAAUUUAUCAUAUAUGGAGAACGGGCUUCAGCUUUUCUUAUCGGAUAGUUGGAAUAUUUUUUUUUUUCAAAAUUAACCCUGAUUGUAACAAGAAAAAGAUCUGAAUCAGAUUGUAAAGAAAUGGUUCCCCCAGAUAUAAAAAUUGACAUUCACACUCUUCCCAUGUUUUCCACAUGUAUGACUCUGGAAAGCACACAAGGAGAAAUGUCUACUGGUUGCUUAUUUCUAUACAGUUACAAUAAAUAGGUACUGGAGCUCUCAAGAAGAAAGUAAAAUGUAUAAUAAAUGGAUGUAAAAGUAUCAUCACAAUGGUCCAUAUGACUUCAUGCCAUAGCUUUGUGUGAGGAACACACUUAUUUAAGAGUUAUUUAAUCAGCAUUCAUUGUAACUGUAUGGAAAAACAAUCGGUAGCCUACUUAUCAUGUUUUGGUAGUUCAUGGAAGAAAGUUAGAUGAGAGUCAGUAAAUAACACUGAUAACACUACCAUGCAUGAGUACCAAAACUAACAGAUAUUGCACUUGCUAUUGACCAUUUAGGUUACUGAGCAUUUUUCUGACAGUAUUCAUAAAUCUAGCCAAAUGUUAUGCAUUGGUAUAUCAAUAUUUCUAUAGCAUAUUGGUAUAAAAACAUCAUAAAUACGUGGUGAAAUAUUGAGUGUAAUAUGGCCUGACGUGGUCUUACCACGUGAAUUGGUAGUCAUGAUUAUAAUUGCUUGCAAACCACAACCAACUAGUUCUCACACGCAAUGAAGAAUUUAAUUCCUAUGGUUUCUGGUUUAGUAGUUAGUCCCUGUAAAUGUAUUCUUUGUAAACAUAGCGCAAACAUUUCGUUGGCUCUGGCUGCUCUUACAUUUUUCAAAUGUAAUCAUAUUAAGCGCGAUUUAUUUACCAAAUAAAGAACUUUUUAUAAAGUCGUCGAAAAAUUCUACAUUCCACUACAUGUUAAUUCGCAAUAAUUUUAACAAAUGAUUUAUCUGUAGCGAUGUGGAACAGCUUUAUUUAUUUUUGUCCCUUUUUCGUUUUUGUAUUGUAUAAUAGAGUUUAUUUUCUUUAAAAGACGGAUGGGAUUGUAUAAGCUGUUCUGUUCGUAGUGACUAAUUUAUUGAAGCCUUUUCACCGCAUGCAUCUGUCAGCGACAAACGAAAUGUUUCUGCGGUAUAUUGCAUCUACAAUAUUUUGCUGUAGAAUACAAUAUAUGAAAAUAAAUUUCUUGAACCUAUUUGAAA